ACAUAUAUAGGGGUGUGGGGUGUCCAGUAUGAUCAGUAUGCAUAUGCAAUUUGUGUCAUACAACAUCAAGACAGAGUAACUAGUAGAAGUGAAAAAUAGGAAGUAAAACACAUUAUAUGGUAGAGUUGAUGGCUUGGAGAAUUCAAGAUCAGCAAGGGUGGAGGAAAGGACCUUGGACUCCUCAUGAGGAUAAGCUUCUCACUGAAUAUGUCAACAUGCAUGGUGAAGGAAGAUGGAGUUCUGUGGCUAGGGAUUCUGGAUUGAAUAGAACAGGGAAAAGUUGCAGGCUGAGAUGGGUAAAUUAUUUGAGGCCUGGUCUGAAGAGAGGACAAUUAACACCACAAGAGGAAGGAAUCGUUAUUGAACUGCAUGGUCUUUGGGGAAACAAAUGGUCAACCAUUGCUAGAUACUUGCCAGGAAGAACAGACAAUGAGAUCAAAAACUACUGGAGAACCCAUUUCAAGAAGAAACAGGCCAAAUCCUCUAAGAAGCAAGAGAAGAGAAAAUCUCAAAUUCUAAAACAAAUGCUGCUGAAACAGGAUAAUCAUGAUUAUGAUCAUGAUCAGCAGCAACUGCAACCAAAGGAAGAAACCAUGAUGAAAGGACUAGCCUCGAUCCAUGUCGAAGCCGGUAUUGACCAAGUAAAAACGAUCACUACUGACCAUCAGCUCCAGGCAAAAGAUGAUCAUCAGCAAAGGCAAGAGAAUAUCAUGGUUUCGAAGUUACAAAAUUCGGAUGGUACUGAGGAUUGUUUCCCUAUGAUGCACCAAGAUGUAGCAUGUUGGUGGGACAGCAUGGCAGAUUUUCUUGAAUAUGGAUCGUGGGGUGGGCUCUGGAAUCUGGACGAUCAUCAUCCAGCUCAUGAUGAUCAUGGUGCUACUAUGGAUCAUGGAAUGAACCAGUACUGCUCAAAACUAGGAGGGCAGAAUAAUCAAGCUUUAGCUUCUUAUUGUGGUGGGGAUUCAAACAAGCAGAGAGCCAUUGAAAACCACCAAGCUAAUCAUAAUAAUUUGUAUAAUUAUCAAGGGUUCAGUUUCUAAGAAGGGGUAUGGGUUUUGGUUGAUUGUUUUAUCCCUUGAAAUGGAUGCAUGGAGAGUUAUAUCUAUGUAUUAUUUUUAUGAAAUAUGAUAUAACUAUA